AUGAGCCGCAGCCCUGAGAGAAUUUCAUCCUACCGUCGACAUUUUGAGGAGGGGGUAAGCUCGUCCUAUCAGGUACGGGUAUCCAGUCCUUCCCCUGUCCGGAGAGAGGGUCGUGCUGGCUCUGCUGUGGGAUACUCUGGUAGAGCUGGAGCUGCAGUUGUCCGCAUGGAAUCAGCGGGACGGACCAUGUCAGCUGCCCGCAGGUCUCGCAUGAUUGGAGCAGGGGUGGGUGGUGGGGCCCUUGUCUGUGUGGGGCCAACUGGAGAGCCUCCUCUGGAUCUGGAUGCAGCUGCAAUUGAAAACCAGGAGUUCAAAAGCACCCGCCACAGUGAAAGACAAGAGAUGAUUGUUUUGAAUGAUCGACUGGCUGUCUAUAUAGAUAAAGUGCGAUCUCUGGAACAGCAAAAUAAACUACUGGAAGCAGAGAUAGAAGCCUAUCAAAAUCGUUUUGUGAAGCCAUCUGGUCUGCGACAGCUGUAUGAAGAACAACUGAGGGAGCUGAAAAAGAUUGCUGACCAAAUGAAAGCUCAGAGGGACAAUGCAUUUGCAGCCAAGGAUUCCACAGCUGCGCAACUGGCAGCAAUGAAACUGAAAUAUGAGGAAGCUAUUGAGUUAAGGAGAAAAGCUGAGGCUGAAAUUGAAGCUUUCCGUCCAGAUGUUGAUCAAGCCACCUCCUCUCGCAUUGCAUUGGAGAAGAGACUCGAGCAGUUGGAAGUGGAAAUUGAGUUCCUGAAACGUGUUCAUCAACAAGAAAUCGAUGAGCUGAUGAAGCAAAUUUAUGCUGCUCAUGUGUCAGCUGCCAGUGCAUUUUCUCUUCCUGAUUUGGCCGGGGCCCUUAAACAAAUCCAAAACCAAUACGAUGAUAUUGCCGCUAAAAAUCUGCAGGAGAUGGAUUCUUGGUAUAAAAACAAGUUUGAGGAUAUCAAUAAAAAAACAUCCAGACAUGUGGAUCAUGUUCGAAGUUACAGAGAGGGGAUAGGGAAUGCCAAAAAAGAUAUUCAAAAUAAAGAACGUGACCUGGAAGCUCUCAAAACCAAGAAUGAAGCUCUUGAAGCCAAAAUACUUGAGAUGCAAGAAAAGUAUAGGAAGGAGUUAGAGGAACUGCAGGCCAGGAUUGAGAGCUUGCAGAUUGAGUUGAAAACCACCAAAGAGAAAAUUGCCUUGCACCUGCGCGAGUACCAGGACCUCCUGAAUAUUAAAAUGUCACUGGAGAUUGAGAUUACAACUUACAGGAAACUGAUUGAGGGAGAGGAUCUGCGUCUGGCUGGGAUGAUGCAAACUUUGUCUCUUUCCAGCUGUAGCAUGAGUGCCAUUGGUUCUGGGAUGAGCUUCGGCGAAGGAGGCAUAGGCGGUAACAGUUAAACAUGCCAAUGAAGUUCUAGAGAUGGACCAUCAGGAACAGACCUACACCAUCAGCGGUGCAGCCGACUCUGAUAAUGAAUAAGAAGCAGCAGCCCCCCUGACCUCUGCUCGCCCUUAAACCUCCAUGCCCCACCCAGCUCCCACACUCACCAAGGCCCAUGUCUGGACACUGACCUCCCACCUUUGCCCUGGACAAGAGCACCAUAAAUGAUUGUUUGCCACUUAAUGCUGCCGUCACCACUGGCUUUUAACUUAAUAGCUCUGCAAAGAUCACACACUCUUAGCUUUUUGAAUGUCUAUAAG